UGCCGUCUUCAUCCUGUGAAAGGAAAGCAGAUAAGAGAAGCGCCCCCUCUCCUUGGAGCAAAACCUUCCUCUGCUUCUAGAACCCUCCGCGCGCCUCCUGCUCCUUCCCUGAUGGCCCCCGCCCUCCUCGCCGCCGCCUCGGCCACGCCCUUCCUCCUCCACGGCGCCCCCGGCGGUAGCAGCAGCAGCCGAAGACCACUCGUCGCCGCCGUCGCCCCCGGCCGACGCGCUGCAUCCGCUCUCCGCGUCCGCGCCGCCCUCAAUUGCGACCCUUCCAAGGUGGCGCCGCAGUCUGACCGGGUGCUCGUCCGUCUCGAGCAGAUUCCAGAGAAAUCUGCUGGAGGAGUCCUGCUACCAAAAUCUGCUGUUAAGUUCGAGAGAUAUUUGAUGGGCGAGAUAUUAUCGGUUGGUGCUGAUGUUAGUGAAGUUGAAGCUGGGAAGAAGGUUCUCUUCUCAGACAUAAACGCCUAUGAGGUGGAUCUGGGCACAGAAGAGAAGCACUGCUUUUGCCGAGAGUCUGAUCUCUUAGCCGUUGUUGCAUGAGCAUUAUUCUAGUUUCGCAUGCCAUAUCCUCCGAAUGCCUUGUCUCAGCUGAACAGACUGUUGCUAGCUCCAACUAUGCUGUCCGCCAUUUGAUUUUUACGGAUUGAACGGUUUGAUGAGAUUUAGUUGCAGGGAAAUUUUAACUUUCCAUAAACCGUGGAUAUUUCAUCUUGUUUUAUGUCAUGCACAUUCCAAUCCUUCAGAAUUUUCAAUAA